UCUGAACCAAAACAUUCUAUCUUAUUAUAUGAGCAGGAAUACAACCAAAACAACGUUAGGAAGCCAUUUUAUUCAUACAAAACGCAAUUCAAAAAUAAAAAUGAAGUGUAAAGCCUUAAAUUGUGAGCGAAGGACGGAUACUCAUCCUGAGUAUAAAUUUUAUCGGUUCCCUCAAGACAAAAAUAUUCGGAAAGAAUGGAUUCGAUUUUGCGUGAACAGUGAAUUAGAAGUUCCAUUCUUUGAAAUCAAAUCAAGCACAAGAAUAUGUAGCGUAAGUAUUAAAAACUAAUUCUAAAACAUAUCCUAAUACUAGUAUAUAUACAGGCUCAUUUUGUUGAUGGGAAAUACAAUGAAAAUGGAGUUACGAAAAUUCCGACCUUAGCUGCAUCCGCGAAUGAGGAAUGGGAAGAGAUACAAAGUAUUGAGAACAAUUAUGAUUUGGUUGACGUAUAUGAAGGAGAUAAACAACUACAGGAAGAAAUAUUUCGUUUGAAACAUCAAAUUUCCAAGCUGAAAAGGUAGUGUGUCAAAAAAUAUGUUAUUUUCUAAUAUUUUAUAUUGAUGUAACCGUUAAUAGAAUUGUAAAACAAUGGAAGAAAAAAUGCGGAUAUCUGACCUCGAGAAUUCGUGGAAAACAACCCUUGAAGAAGCUUUUCAGAGAUGAUCUAAUUAAGCUAUUAACAGGAGAGGUUAAAAAAGUGAAACGUUGGUCCAAUGAAACGAUUACGGAAAAUUUACAAAUUCGGUUUGCAUGUCAAGGUGGAUACGACAAGCUUAUUCAAAAAGGCUUCCCGUUCCCAUCCACGAGGACUCUACUACGCCAAAUUGAAGGAGUUCGUUUCAGUCCUGGUAUUCUUGAAGAUAUAUUCGAGCUGCUACAACAUAAAGUCUCCACAAUGUCGGUUGAAGAAAAGGACUGCGGAUUGGUUCUAGACGAAAUGAGCAUAGACGAGGCAAAUGAGUUUUGCCAAAAUACGAAGCAGUUUGUUGGAACAACAACGCUUCCUAUGUCCCAAACUUUAGCCUGUAAAGCUUUGGUAUUCAUGCUAGUUGGAAUCGCAGCGCGCUGGAAACAGGUGGUUGCUUUCGAGUACACCGGCAACUCUAUACAAAAAGAGUUUUUGAAGAAUGCUGUAUUGUCUGCAGUUUCAAGAGCAGUGGGAAUCAGUUUGCGUGUCCAUUUUAUAACAACAGAUUCCGGGUCCGAAAACCAGCGCAUGUGGAAGGAUUUGGGGAUCGAUAUUCGUCGCAAAAAUGAGACAUUAAAUGCUGCGAUACCUCAUCCAAACGCUGAGAACAGAAUGCUAGAGAUCAUACCCGAUCCCGUACACGUAUUUAAAAAUACAGUACAUGGCUGGUUGAACAAUGUCUACCUGAAAGUUCCGGAUUGGUAUGUUCGUGAAAAAAAGCUAACAUCCAAUAUUGUUCAUCGAGACCAUUUAACCACAAUCGUGAACUCCGAAAUAAACAACACGUUGCGGCUUUGUCACAGACUAACGGCCUCGGAUGUGUGCUUUGACAACAGAACAUCUUCAAUAGAUAAAAUGAAAGUAUGCAACGCAACAAAAUAUUGCAACAGGACGGUGGCUGCAGCAUUGAAGUUUCAUGCGGAAAUACGAGAAUUACCGGAGCUUCUUACUACCGCAUGCUUCAUAGAAGACUUUGCUCGAUGGUUCGAGCUUAUCAAUAAUAGGGCAGAAGAAAAAGUAUUUUGUUUGAAUGAUCCUAUGAAAUAUGACGAGGAUAUCGCUCAUCUGAAGACCAUGGUGCGGUUAAUGUAUGAUCUCCAAGUAGGACACGGACAUUGGAAACCAUGGCAAACAAUUCCUUCACAUUUCCUCUAAACUAAGUAUCGUAAUAUCAAUUAAAUUCAUUUUUUUUCUAAAUUCAAUACAAACCCAACGUAAUUUAUUUUUAUUGGCAACACUGGAAAAAUCGACUUUGUUUACAAAAUUUAUCGAAAUCGACCAAUCAGAAAUCAGAACGACUGACAGAAAUUUGGUCCGUAUCUGACAGAAAUUUGGUCCGUAAAAGACCCCCUAUUGUCUGAUCUUAUCUUAGGCUACGAUGACCCACAAGAGUGCUUGUUGUUUCCACGCCAUCUUUGAUCGAACUGACAGUACCCGAGCUAAAAGAAACGAGCAACCCGUUUCUAGGGAGCCCAGAGAGCAAUUCUUUUGGUGAGAAAAAAACGCUCUUUACUAUUUUACAGAAAGGUAUUGAAAUCAUUCUCAUUUUUCUAUUGAACUCCCGUUAAUUCAACGCAUUUCAAUGUCGAUCAGUGAUUCUAGUAAAUAUCUUCCAUCAAUAGGAGAAGCAAGUAAACUAAAUAUUAGGCUGUCAAAAAAGUCCUGCGGUAUUUUUUUUUAAUUUUCAUUUGUUCAUAAAAUUAGUUACAAUCAUCUGUUUUAAGUCAAAUAUGCGCCGUUUUGUUCGAUGACUUGUUCCCAAUGAGAUGCCAACUUCAUAAUACUCCUGUUAUAGAAGCUCGCUUCCUUAUUGGCAAAAAAAACUCGGAUAGCCAAUUUUCACAGGCCUCUUUUGUGGCUAACUUCUGACUACCUAGCUCGUUCGCCAUGGACAAAAACAGGUGGUAUUCACUUGGUGCAAUGUCCGGACUAUACGGCGGAUGCAAAAGAAGCUCCCAUCCGAGCUCCCGGAGCUUCUGGCGCGUCACCAAAGAAGUGUGUGGCCUGGCGUUGUCCUGAUGGAAGACAAUGCGGCCUCUGUUUAUCAAAUAUGGCCUCUUCUUCAUGAGUGCUACCUUCAAGCGGUCCAGUUGUUGGCAGUACAGGUCCGAAUUGAGCGUUUGGCCAUAGGGAAGCAGCUCAUAAUAGAUUAUUCCUUGACAAUCCCACCAAACACACAGCAGAACUUUCCUGGCCGUUAAUGAGGGCUUGGCCACCGUCUGAGCCGCUUCAGCGGGCUUCGACAACGACCGUUUGCGCUUCACGUUGUCCUAAGUGACCCACUUUUCAUCGCCAGUCACCAUCCGCUUCAGAAACGGGUCGAUUUUGUUGCGAUUCAGCAGCGAUUCACAUGCGUCGAUACGGUCAAAGAUGUUUUUUUGCGUAACCGUGUGUGGCAUCCAUACAUCGAGCUUCUUUGUGAAUCCAAGCUUCUUCAAAUGGUUAAUAACGGUUUGAUGACUUAUCCCCAGCUCCUGGCUAAUGCUACGGCUGCUACUAUGCCGGUCUUUCUCGGCUAAUUCAGCGAUUUUGUCGCAAUUUUCGACGACAGGCCUUCCGGAGCGUGGCGCAUCUUCGACGACCUCUACACCAGAACGAAAACGUUGAAACCAUCGUUGUGCGGUGGAAAUGGAAGCUGUAUCGGGUCCACAAACUGCACAAAUUGUAUUGGCAGCUUGAGAUGCAUUUUUGCCUUUGUCAUAGUAGUACUGUAAAAUAUGUCGGAUUUUCUCUUUAUUUUGCUCCAUAUUUGCGACACUAUAACUCACGAACGUCUUAUCCAAACAAAACACUGUCAAGGACUAUAUUAUAGCGCGCAAAAAUACCUUUCCAACAAGCUAUAGUAUGACUCGAUACAAUGAAUACAACUAGAACUACGCACUUACAACGACACCUCGCGGAAAUACCGCAGGACUUUUUUGACAGUCUAAUAUUACUAUCUUACUCAACGGGUACAGACCAAAAAUUCCGAAAUUUCAGCAAUCUGGCGAACAACUACUGUGGGGUACAUUUUGGUUCCUCUACGGGCAACGAUGAACGGCACCAAUGCUAUCGAUGUCACUCGUAUGUACAUAACUGCACAGAUAUUCUCUGUUCCUGCUUUGAUGAUGAUGACCCACCUCAUACCCCUACAAAGGUUUGAACUGACCGAUUUAUCUAAUAGAUAAUAUUUAUGUUUAACCAAAUUAAGAUAUCAGUAUUAUAAAACAAAAAUCAAAGCGAACUGACUCUGUUGCAGGCAUGAAUUUCUAUCAAUCGAACAUUAUGAAUAGGCAAAAACUUUAAAAGAAAAACAAUGGUCCUAUCCGUAUCGACAUUAUCUAAAUGAUAAUCCCAACUUCAGACCCAAAGUUUUUCUAAUGCAUGUCAAGAACAUUUCCAACCCGAGAAGAUCCUUGACAGAUUGGAAAUCGAACCCAACAUCUAAAAGUGUCUACUUAGAACAUGAUAGAGAUCUGCCACAUUCAGGAAUACUCGAUAAAACCAUCCUAUAAAAAGAGAGUUUACGACAAUUCUGAAUGAACUAUCCCCAUUCCAGCUUCCACUUCAGACCCUCAUAAAAAUUUCAUUAUGUAUCAGUGUUCUGUCAGUGUUCCCUUAACAGAGUCCAGGCUCACUAAACGCUUUGAAACAUCACAUUGAUUACAUUGUCAUUUUUUGUACAUGCAAACUGAAUGAUAUCCAAUGACAUAUAGGUACGUAAUAGUUGCAAAAUAGAAUAAACUUUUGUUUUAUGAACUUGUUACGUUAUGUCCUAGCGGAAACAUGCUUAACACGUUGAAUGCCAGCCACCGGUGACUGACACUGAGUCACUCCCAUACAAAUGAAACACAAAUUUCUGCAUAACUCAUGAGCGAAUCAAGCAAAUGGAACCAAAUUUGGCAUGUGAAGGUUUAAGGGAGCAAUAAAAGUUGCUAUGGUGGCUCGAGACCCCUCCCCCCUCACUAAGGGGUGGCUGCCAAACAAAUGAAACGCAAAUUUCUACAUAAGCCGAGAACUAAUCAAGCAAAGAGGUAAGGGUAAAACUCGAGGAAGGAAUCGGCCGAUUUCAGAUGUCAUCAUUCUAUUAUAUUUUCUGUAUCAAACAUGUAUUCCAUGUAAGGGAGAAACAUGUUUUUUUUGCAAGUGAUUGAAAAAUCUUGAACGAGAAUUGGGGCUGAAAAUAAUUUGAUGUUAUAAUGACCAGUUCUAGUAGAAGUACUAGGAAAUUUAUAGAAAAAGGAAUUUAUAAAGGGUCAAAAUUAAUCAAUGGACAGUUCUGCGACUGAUCCUACGGACGUUUGCUUAGUAUGAAAACGUGAAUGUUUGAAAGUAUUUAUAACAAAAAAAACCAUUUUGGUCGGACGAAGUUUGCAGGGUCAGCUAGCAAAUUAUAAAUGUUUUUACAUGAUUUUGAACCUCUCGCUCCUAGGGGGACCAUGUUGCCCCUAUCUACGCUAUUUGAUCAAAUUGGAAUGACCGCGUUUCAGAAAAAAGUAUAUAAAAACGAGACGAAAAGCAGCAAUUGAUACUAAAUACAAAUUGAUAUUUAUUUUUUAAAUCGGUCAACGGAUAUUUUAGUACAAAUCUUUGAAGUACUCUUUGUCCUGCUCGUGGAUUCGCUCCAGCACUUCAUCAAUAUCGGUGCUCGGGAAACGGUCCGUCCAGGAUUUGAUGUAGCCCUGGAAAUUCGACUCGUACGUCUUGAGCUGCACGGCUCCCGUUCCAUCCAGCUCUGUGUUCGACUGGACGAAAAUCAACCGUGGCUUCUUGUGGAGCAGAACAAUGUCACGCCACUUGGCCCACGGAUAUGGACCCUCCUCGUUGACCUCCGAGUAGUGGUUGUACAUUUUGGUGGCACCAACGAUAUCUCCCGUGGACUUAUAGAAUUGCAACUUGAGGAGGAACUGCUUGAUGGCUUCCUUCCCAACUGUUUCAAUCUUGUUGCGGUCGAACUUGAGUAGCAGAUUUUUCGAGGGCUCCGUUUCUUCCACACUAACCAAACCUUCGCCCGCUUCCAGCAGAACCUUCAUUAUAACGAAACGCGCCUGAUAGUGAGCCUGCAGCCAAGAUUUCUGGGAUGGAUUGUACAGUUCCAUGGCGACCCCAACUCCACCCCAAACAAGCAGCAACCAGUUCACAUAAAUGAUGUCGUCUAUUUCCUUCUCGUUCGUGUGGCCGAAAAUCUUCAAGAUGUCUCGGUUCAAGCUCAAAUACAGACCAACGGCCUCCGCCCGGCACUCUUCGUAGCUCGAUCCCAACGAUUUGAACUUCGAGUCGUAAGUCUCCCCGGGUUCAUACCAGCUGGCGAUCGGUUCCCCGUCCAGCGGGCUCUUUACUUUCUCCUUGUCAAAAUUGAACUCACCCUUCUCGUUGACUCGCAGCAGCUUUCCACUUCCGUGUCCUAACAGCUCGUGAAGGCCAACUUGCACUUCGAAGGCGGAUGCCUUAUAUUUUUUCAGCAGAGCUUGAUCUUCCUCCGAGAGGAAUGGGAUCGUAUCUGUUUUAUUGGUGUUGGCGAGUACAUUGCCUAGCGAGACGUUUUUGAAACCUUCGUCCUGGCGAAUUUCAUCAUCUACAACGAGACAAAACAAAUGAACCUCAACCGGAUAGGAGAAGCUCCACUCAACUUACAGUUUGGAAUGUUUAUACCGCACGGGACACCCGAACCAGCGAAUGUUAGAAUAUCAAGGGAGGUGAAAUCCGGCUUCAGGUAGUUAUCCUUCUCAUAAUCCUCACCCCAUGGCAGCAGUUUAAUCAGGUCUUCAGCGUUCUUCACCAGUGUUCCAAAUUUGGCCGACAUUUCCUUAUUUACCAUCGCGACAAACCCCUCGAAUUCGCCUCGCUGUCCAACGGGAUCGCGGUAGGUUUCGAUAAAUCCGAUGUAUGUCUCAAUGACUGGUCCCUUAUCUUUGAUCCAAUAGCGCGAACCCGUCUUGUGCUCGUCCAGGCUACCCUGCGUGAAGCUGAGAAUAUAGCUAUCAAUCAUCUGCCUCUGGUUGUCAUUCGCCGAGUGCUUGUUAGCCUCUCCCAGGUGUUCGGCCACCUUCUGCAUCAGUUCCUUGUAAUCCCCUCGAGUGAUCUUAAAAAUGCAAUUCUUAUACUCCACCGGAGUUUUAGUCAAAUUGUCUUUGUCCCCUUCCUCGGAUGACGCUAGCUUGAUGUUGUAGACAAUUUUACCAUCCUCCAGUGUCUUGAAUGUGCGACAGAUGUACGCUUCGAAUUUGUUCUCCUUCAUCCACUCGCUUAUCAGUUCGGUAUCUUCGCGUGUCACAUUGGACGAGAAAUAUGUGGUUACCCCCGCAUCACAAAGGCCAAGUGUUUUGGUGCGUUCAGUCAGCAGAAAAAUCGGAACCUUUGUUUUCUCCCACAAGCCCCCAACGAUCGCUCCGUCCACUUUGAAUGCUUUCGAGCAUUUCACGAUCAGUUCAAACUUAUCGCACUCUAAAUUAGGCACAAUUUUGCUAUCGCCCAUGCCCUUGUAGUUUCCGGCAUUGGCCAGAAAACCGCAAGCGUACACCAGAAAGGCCUACGGAAAGAAAAUACCGAAUCAACUUUCGUACGUGUCUGUCUCACGAGGAAAUCGCAAACGACAGAUAAGAUAUUAAGCAAAUAUCGCUAAUGCAAACAUACGGUGAAAUCAUCUUCGCUGACGCCCGCCUCCAAUGCACCCUUUUUGAGGUCCUCCACCGGUUCGGCCAGAAAGAUUCGAUGUAGCAAGGAGAAAAUCAGCGGCGAUUCGGGACUGGAUUGGACCAACGCAAUAAGUCCCCCCGUCCAGGAAGCCUUUUUUUUUGGAAAACGAAAGAUUUGAUAAUUUGAAAUCCGAAAACAAACGCAAUUCCAUUAUGGAAAAUCACCUGGCUAAAAUAAUGCGCAUACAGCUUUUCCUUCUCGGUGAGCGCCUUGAAUGCGGUGGCACAUUCCAACUCAACGAUUGGUUGCGUGUUGGGCAAAAUAUGCUGGCUUUUGUCCGUCAUUUUCUGCUUAACACUGAAAACGAAUGCUGUUGAUUACAGGUUCCAAACAAAAAAAAAACUUUCGAGGAAUUAUGUUUCGAAAAAUAAUCGGUAAAUGCAACGUUUCGAACGAUAAAUAUACUUUAUACAAGCCGACUGACUGGCCUCAAUAACGAACAAAUGGAACCGAAUGAUGAGUUGACAGAAAAGACCGGCAGUUGGUGUUUGGCGUUUGUAGAUAUUCGCGUUGAUGGCAUUGACGGCUUGUCUUCCAAUUAGUGAGGCGAAAAGCGUAAAGGCUUUUCAUGUGGAAUGAACAAACUUUCAAUAUGAAAACUAUGAAUGAAAACUAAUGUUUCUGUAUCAAAUAUGUGUUUUAUAUGAUAGAUUAACAGUUUUUUUUUGCGAAUCUCUCAAAAACAUUAAACAAAACUGUAUUUCAUGAUGAUUUUAUAUUAUAAUGAAGAAUUUUGGUAAAAAUAUCGGAAAAUGUAUAGCCAAAUGAUUAAAUAAGAGUCACAAAUACGUAUCUUAAACAAUUUAAUAACAUGGUGUAAAUAUUUUCAUUCAAAUUUUAGCGUUUUUAAACAGGCUCUGUUCCUUCUAAUCUGAUAGAGAUUGAAUUUUCGAGUUUAGAAUCCAAAUUGUGCUCCCGAAUUAGAAAGUCGCCACCAGACGUCGACACUGUACGUCUGUCAUUGCGGAUUGAGCUUCGUGUUCUGUGGGUGUGAAGCGGAAAUGGGGAAAUGUUAAUGGAUUAUCAUAUCAACACAUUUCAAAAAUAAAAGCUAUGAAUGAAAAUCAACUUUUAAAUACUCAACAAGUAGUAUAUACCAGAUAUAAACAUUUUCUGCAAGUGAUAAUAAAAUCUUAAACAAAAAAGUAUGUGACUAUGAUUGCAUAUAACACAUAAAUUUGAUGACAAGUAUUAGAAAAAUCAAACAGAGAGAAUUAUAAGUUUCAGACAAAAGAACAUGAAAUGAUUAUUUUCAUUCAGAUUUCUACAAUUGAAAAUUGGCUUCAGUGGUGCUAAUCUGAUAGGAAGUUCCUUUGCUUCACACCAGGCCAAAACAUAGAUAGAUGUCGACACUGUACCUUCGAUAUCAGAGGUUAGACCAAGAUGGUGGAGUUAACAGGUGGCUCGUAAUUUACACUAUUUAGAAAAGACGUUUGAGGAAUGGCAAGACAAAAAGUUUGGAUUUGUUUAUGUUAUUACCUAAGACAAGACGUGACAACUGGCUUCUUACUCUUCUUUCUGCAUUUUCGUCAACCAAGUGCUAGGAGCCGAGCCAAGCGAGAUGUGAAGGUUGCCAAAUGUUAUAAAAUUUCGGAAGAUUAUUUUCCCAUAAGAUAAACAUGUGUUCUUCGUAUCAUGUAUUAUUUGAGCUGUACAAUUUUUCAUAUUAAUUAUAAAAUCGGGUGUCAUAUUUUAAACAGUUAGUAUUUUCCUGUUAUUUUGGUAUCCAAAACGAAUUUAAAUUCAGAGAAAGCAAAAAACGUAGAUUUGAUAACAGGAGUAUGAUAUGUUGAAAUACAUGAAUUGAAUGAAAAUUAACUUCUCCGUAUCGAAUGAAUGUUCAAUGUGAAUAGAAAACUUUGUUUUCUUCAUAUGGUAAAAUAAUCUCUUACAAAAAUGGUAUCUGAAGAUAAAUUUAUUUUUUUAAGUGUAUAGAAAAUGGGUUAAGUUAUGGUAAGAAAGACGUGCUUCAUAUAAAUAAACAACGCCAAGUAAAAAUUUUCAUUCAGAUUUUGACAAAUUUAAAACUGCCUCCGGGCCGGCUAAUCUGAUGUGGUGAGAGUAAUAAGCCUUGUUGAAAACUAAUUUUGUUUCCAGGUGUCAACAUUGUAUAGUUGUCAUCGAAUGAAGUGUAUCCUCAUUUCGUUUUCACCGUGAAGUGUAUACGGAAAUAAGGCCUUAUAAUUCAACUCUGAUAUCGUUCAAAAACUAACAGAACUGUACAAUGUCUCUCUUCGGGAACUGAACACAGGACGUAACAGAAACGAAAAUAUACAAAGAAUCCAUAAUAGAAAUUUUCGUUAAAUUGAAAUAUGAAUGCAGCUAUUAGUCAAUUUUGAAUAUAUUUGGCAACACUGUGAAAAUGUUGGAAAUCCCAUUUUAGUAUAUUUAUCUUUGUCAACUGUUUUCCUCAUCAACCAAUCAGGAGUCGAGUUGCAAGUGGUCCGAGUUUGACAGAAAAAGUGGUCCGGAAUCGGCCCCCUAUUGUCAUGUCUCGUCUCAGCAUGUUACAAAUUCUAUAGUAAUUUUCUACCCUACUAAUCAUUAGUACAUGCUACAAAAGAAAAAUGGUAGGCACAAAUGUCAAACGAACUUCGAUUUGUUGGUCCAACAUAUGUACAAUAUCAGUGAAAAUGUUGCUUCUUAUUUGUGAGAGAUAAUCAACAGGGAUAAUGACAAUAUUUUUGAGGAUUAUUUUUCAAUUUAAAAGUUGUAUUUGAUUUCAUCUAAUUCUACAUACUUAGAAUACAUUAUAAUUAUAACAUAUAACUUAAUAAUAAUAUAAAUCGGGUGUCAUAUUUUAAACAGUUAGUAUUUUCCUGUUAUUUUGGUAUCCAAAACAAAUUUAAAUUCAGAGAAAGCAAAAAACGUAGAUUUGAUAACAGGAGUAUGAUAUGUUGAAAUACAUGAAUUGAAUGAAAAUUAACUUCUCCGUAUCGAAUGAAUGUUCAAUGUGAAUAGAAAACUUUGUUUUCUUCAUAUGGUAAAAUAAUCUCUUACAAAAAUGGUAUCUGAAGAUAAAUUUAUUUUUUUAAGUGUAUAGAAAAUGGGUUAAGUUAUGGUAAGAAAGACGUGCUUCAUAUAAAUAAACAACGCCAAGUAAAAAUUUUCAUUCAGAUUUUGACAAAUUUAAAACUGCCUCCGGGCCGGCUAAUCUGAUGUGGUGAGAGUAAUAAGCCUUGUUGAAAACUAAUUUUGUUUCCAGGUGUCAACAUUGUAUAGUUGUCAUCGAAUGAAGUGUAUCCUCAUUUCGUUUUCACCGUGAAGUGUAUACGGAAAUAAGGCCUUAUAAUUCAACUCUGACAUCGUUCAAAAACUAACAGAACUGUACAAUGUCUCUCUUCGGGAACUGAACACAGGACGUAACAGAAACGAAAAUAUACAAAGAAUCCAUAAUAGAAAUUUUCGUUAAAUUGAAAUAUGAAUGCAGCUAUUAGUCAAUUUUGAAUAUAUUUGGCAACACUGUGAAAAUGUUGGAAAUCCCAUUUUAGUAUAUUUAUCUUUGUCAACUGUUUUCCUCAUCAACCAAUCAGGAGUCGAGUUGCAAGUGGUCCGAGUUUGACAGAAAAAGUGGUCCGGAAUCGGCCCCCUAUUGUCAUGUCUCGUCUCAGAGUGUACCCAAUAUUGCUGCGGUUCACUGACAUUUUGGUUCUAUCAAUUACUGUUGUUUACAACUCGGUCCGGUUAUGCAGUCGAAUAGUGGCUAACUUUAAACUCCAUGUUAAAUGUUAACACCUCCAUGUGAAACCGAAAUAUGAAAAUCGCUCAUGCAGUUAGAAUAAAGCAGUGCAUUUUUCGAAUUCAAUCCUCGUAAAUGAUAUGUUGAUAAACAAAUGACGCCAUAUUGAUUUUGAUUUUGGGUAGCCUACACUGGAGAAAUAGUUUAGUAAAUGCAGUUACCAAAUCUUUAGUAGCCAAAACAUUGGUAAAAUAUACAAAAUUUUUGUAAAUAUUACCAAAAUUCAGUAAAAGUGAUGUCAGAUUCAUUGAACGUCCCUACCAGAGAUUCGUAUAUUUUACUCCAUACCAUUAGUAAUCUUGUUUUUUUUGUCAUACCUAACAUUUGUUAUGUGCGCACUUUGCAAUCGCCAUUUUUCUUUGGGAAACGGAACGAUUCGGUGACUAAAUGGACGGAGCGAGCGGCUGAAUUUGAACCGCACAGUAUACUAUCAGGACAACUGUACUAUCCAAAAGAAAUCUCGGGGACAUGGGAGAACAAAAUACGGACGAAACCAGAGCGAUGCAGUAGGAAGAGAAACGGAAACUUGUUGAAGUACUCGUGACUAUGGAAAAGCGCAUGAAAUUGAUGUGAUUGAGGCUGCGUUUAUAACUCUCCCCUUGUACACUGCUUAUAAUAUAAUUGCAACGAGAUUUAUUGACGUUAUUAUGUAUUAUGUUAUUAUUAUUGACGAUAAUUAUUGUAGAAUUGUAUUGUAUAUAGAAUAAGUUAUAUGUUAUAAUUAUAAUGUAUUCUAAGUAUGUAGAA